AUAAUAUAUAUUGGCGUUCUCUCCACACAAAUCGCAGUCGCCUCCGCCUCCUUUGCUUGCUAAGCAUCCCCUCGGUCUUCUCCCCCGCUUCCUCUCUCCGAACAAGCUAAGAGAGCGGGCCCGAAGUCCAUUCGCAGCCACCAGUCGCCGUUGAGGUACAAGGAAACUUGAAGAUGGUUGAUCAACACCCAACUGUCAUGCACAAGGUGGCUGGCCAGCUCCUUGCCCGUUCUAGUCUUUCUCAAGACAUGCGUGGCUGUGAUGGGGCUUUCCAGAGGCCCGCUCUGUACCAGAGACGUGCAUAUGGGAACUACACCAAUGCUGCAUUCCAGUAUCCUGCACUGCCUGCUUGCAGAGCUUCCGUGGAUCUAUCUAUGGUUGCUUCAAGUGCAUCCCCAAUGUUUGUUCAUGCCCCAGCAGAGAAAGGAUUUGCUAGCUUUGCUAUUGAUUUCUUGAUGGGAGGAGUCUCAGCUGCAGUGUCGAAGACAGCUGCUGCCCCGAUUGAGCGUGUGAAGCUUCUUAUCCAGAAUCAGGAUGAAAUGAUUAAGACUGGCAGGCUUUCUGAGCCUUACAAGGGUAUUGGUGAUUGUUUCAAGAGGACGAUUAAGGAUGAGGGGUUUGGGUCAUUGUGGAGAGGAAAUACUGCCAACGUCAUCCGUUACUUCCCAACUCAGGCCCUGAACUUUGCAUUCAAAGAUUAUUUCAAGAGGCUCUUCAACUUCAAGAAGGACAGGGAUGGCUACUGGAAAUGGUUUGCUGGUAACUUGGCAUCAGGAGGCGCAGCUGGCGCUUCAUCCCUACUCUUCGUGUAUUCUCUGGAUUAUGCCCGUACACGUCUUGCCAAUGAUGCUAAGGCCGCGAAGAAGGGUGGAGAGAGGCAAUUCAAUGGAUUGGUUGAUGUCUACAGGAAGACGCUCAAGUCUGAUGGUAUUGCUGGGCUAUACCGUGGUUUCAACAUUUCCUGUGUUGGAAUCAUUGUGUACCGUGGUCUCUACUUUGGAAUGUAUGACUCUUUGAAGCCUGUGGUCUUGACUGGAAACUUACAGGAUAGUUUCUUUGCUAGCUUUGCCCUCGGUUGGCUUAUCACAAAUGGUGCUGGGCUCGCAUCCUAUCCUAUUGACACAGUUCGUAGAAGAAUGAUGAUGACCUCGGGUGAAGCAGUAAAGUACAAGAGCUCACUGGAUGCAUUCUCGCAGAUCCUGAAGAAUGAGGGCCCAAAGUCUCUCUUCAAGGGUGCUGGUGCCAACAUCCUUCGUGCCGUUGCCGGUGCUGGUGUCCUUGCCGGUUACGACAAGUUGCAGCUGAUCGUCUUCGGCAAGAAGUACGGAUCUGGCGGUGCCUAAGUGAGGCCCCAUAUCUUUCUCUGUGCUUUUUUUUUUAGCAUUCACUAGAUGGCGAUGAAAAUCUAAAUUUAUGAGAGAUUUUAUCCGGUCAAAAUUCUCAUUGAAAUAAUCCACGCACAUUAGAGGAGAGUUUCUCCUGAACAAGUUGUAUGCGCUUUGGCUGGAAUUUUGAUUGAUCAUACAGACUGCGAUUUUUCUUUUCAGUGCUGCAGCGGUUAAAUUGCUGCCUGGGAUUUGAAAUUCUUAAUUGAAAUGUUUGGAGAGAGUUUUCUUC